AAUCCCAACUGAACUCGCUCGAGUGUACAUUUGGGCCGCCCGCUUCCAAACUGUUACAAGGAGAGAGAGGAAAGAUGGUGACACUGGUGGUAGCUACUACCAUCGAUCCCGCCUCCAUUGGCCCUGCCUCUGCGCUCUUAGCCAUGCCCGGCUGGCACCCUGGUCCUUUCCUUCAGGAUAUACCAAGCUUCGUCAAUGGAGAAGUGAGACUGUUAAAGCAUGACAACAGCAUUGUCGCAGAGGAUCACCUUGAUAAGCGUUGGGAGGAGGCCACCAAUGAGGUUGUCGAUGAGAUCAUAUUUCUGAGCAAGCAUACAGCUGUUUCAAAUCGACCUGCCCUCACUGUUCAUCCUAUUGGUAUACCACAUUUAAGAGAAGAUGAUGUUCCUCCUCAAGGUGGAAAGCCUGGAUGGGCUGCACCUCCUAGUCCUCGGAUAGGGCCAUGGCUGAGGCUUCUAAAGAAAAUUGCUGAGUCUCAUAAUUUAAUUCCUGAGUUUGAGGUCACUUUGGAGGGCACCCAUCAUGGCCCUGUGACCAAUUCACCAACCAUGUUUUUGGAGAUUGGUAGUACAGCAGAAUACUGGAAGAGACAAGAUGCUGCACAAGCCAUUGCAUUACUAGUAUGGGAAGGACUUGGGCUUGGGGGAUGUGGCGCUGUAGGAAAUUGGAACAGCAGGAGUAGUGACAGAAAUAAAGUGCUUCUGGGAAUAGGUGGUGGACAUUAUGCACCUAGACAUAUGGAUGUUGUUCUAAAAGAUGGUGUUUGGGUGGGCCACCUUCUUUCUGGAUAUUCCUUGCCAAUGGAAGAUCCGGGCCAAUCAAAAGUAGACACAAAUGUGAAAGACAUUGGUGGAACGUGGAAGCAGUCAAUUAGAGUAGCAUUUGAAGCCACCCAAUCAGCUUUUCCAGGUGGAGAAGUUCUUGCACAUCUGGAUCACAAGAGUUUUAAGGGCUGGCAGAAAAGUGCUAUUAUGGGUUUCCUUGCUAAACAGAAUAUUCGUGUUGGCAAACCAGAAGACUUCUGAUUAUCUUUUGAGCGUUACUGAUGAUUGACUGCUGCUUAUCAUAUUCUGCUAUUUAAUUAUUUUGGGGUGGAUGGAGGUGAAAUGCACUUAUCCAAGUUAAUUGCAGUUAUAAUUUUUUACUUCGUAAAAUAUUUUUUAGUCUUGUAGGAGGGCACACUGCCUAUGUUAUAGUUUUCUUUCCAGAGAGAUUCUUAUGUACCAAAUUUUGAGUUGCAGAGAAAUCUACACAUUAUAUUUCAUUAUUUCUAGGAUAAACCAACCCAAAAUAAGCGA